CUGGCCUAAUGAGGUUACUACAAACACAAAUCCCAUCGUUAUUUCAACCACCGUCGAUGCUGAGGUAGUGGACCAUCGAAGUAACCAAGAGAUUCCAUCUCCUCCAGUCGGUAACAAUGUUUGGGACUCUUCCCCUAUUCCAAAGGAUGGGAGACCUUCUAAUGGGCAGCUUCCAAGCAAGCAUAUGAGUGUUCUACAUACUAAACCUACCCCUGCCAAGCCAUGGAGCCAAGUUUUAAUGAAAAAUGCAAUAGAAAAAUCCAACUCUCUGCACCAACACCCUUUUGAG